AUUAUUGAUUUUCAUCCAAAUUUAAAUGCAAACGCCCAAACAGGAAAUUAAUCAGGAUUAACAAAAACCGCCAGUUUACUAUAUGUAAUAUACAAAAUACUUAUUUAGAAUUAAAAACUCAUAACGGGCGGGCUAGUUAUUAUAUGUUAUUAUGUUGUCAGGAUCGACUUUAUGCAUUUUACGCAUUUGUUGUGUUGUGUACCACUGUACCUUAUAAUUUUAAUUUUAUUGAUAAAGAUAAGAUACAAAAGAAUUCAUUGUUUAAAUGUCAAUCUUGUGAUUUGGAAUAAUAACUUGAACGCAGUCCUGAUUUACAUUUAUUUAGUUAGUUAAAUUACAAAGAUGAUUUCCGAGGUCCCUUCACAAUUAAUACUGGACAAUGUGCGUUGUGUUGACAGAAAUCGGAAAAACUUCCUAAAAAUAACCUAUAUAAUACAUAUACGUAUACAUAUAUGUAUAAAUCAAUAUAUUUAAAAAAGUUCAAAAGAAAAUAAACCUGCGAACCUUUUCCAUACUGACAAGUCUCUACUUCCCAUUAUAAGAACGUCAGCCUUCUCUUUUUCAGUAUAAUCUACGACUAUAUUUCGAGAAUCAGCAUUCG